AUUUGUUUGAAUCGGUGUAUUAUGGUCGCUUCUGAUCGUCAGUUUCAAGAUGUCUAGAGUGUAUGUUGGUCGGAUUCCUCCACGGUGCACCGAAAGGGAUAUUGAACGAUUUUUCAAAGGCUAUGGUCGACUGAGAGAUAUCGUUUUGAAGAAUGGGUACGGUUUUGUUGAGUUUGACAACGAGAAAGACGCGGAUGACGCUGUUUACGACCUCCAUGGCAGAGAUCUGAGAGGUGAACGUCUGAUUGUCGAACAUGCUCGGCUUCCACCGGGGACCAGAGGUGGAAGCAGAAGAGCAGGUGGAGGUGGCGGGGGCGGAGGAGGAGGUGGUGGUGGUGGUAGUGGUCGCGAUCGUAGGUACGGUCCACCGACUCGCACGGAGUACCGCGUCAUUGUUGAGAACCUAUCGUCGCGUGUAAGCUGGCAGGACCUAAAAGACUUGAUGCGUAAGGCUGGUGAAGUCACCUACGCGGAUGCUCACAAAUCAGCUAAAAAUGAUGGAAUUGUCGAGUUUGCGGCAUAUGCAGACAUGAAGGAGGCAAUCGAGAAGUUUGACGGCUACGAACUGUAUGGACGCAGGCUUCGUGUGUACGAGGAUCGUCCAGGUCAGAGAUCUCGAUCAGGCUCCUACAGGUCACGGUCUGACAGUCGUCGGCAUUCUCACCGAUCACGGAGUCGAGAUUCGCAUCGCAGGCAGAAAUCCCGAAGCCCAAGACACCGGCGUGACAGGUCACUCUCAAGCGAUGGACACCGGUCAGAAUCCCGCCAGGAUUCCCACAGACGCUCCCGCGAGCGCUCCAUUGAUGAGGGGUCUAGGAGCCCUUCACACCGCUCAGGAUCCAACCAUUCUCAUGCAAGAUCUGUUUCCCACCACAGUAACAAACGCUCACUGGAUGCUGGCUCCCGUUCCCCGAGCUGUAAUGGUCGAGAGGGCAGCAUGAAGAACGAUUUGGAUCGGCGUUCCAGGUCACGCUCUGUCACACGUUCACACUCCAGAAGCAGGUCACGGACAGCAGAUUCAAGGUCUCCUGGUCGUUCGCACACACGCUCACGUUCCGCGUCUCGAUCACGCUCAAUGUCGCGUCGCAGUGAGUCUGGUACACCAAGGCGUUCGGAUGAAGAAAUGGAUGGUAGAAGUAAUGGUGACCACGGUGCUCGAGACCGGGAUUCUGAUGAUUAAACGCAUUUAAUGUAGACUGUUCGAGUCGAUGUUAUUUUACAUGCAUACUAAUCUUUCUGCAUAAAACGGCUUUCUCGCAGUUAUCAGUGCUACGUUUGGGGUCAAACUCUGGAAGGUUGUUAAGGUACAAGGUUUAGAUGCUCCUAUCAACACGUGGACGCCCGCAUAGUAAGCAAUUAGCCAUGCUAAGUGGUGAGGGAGGUUUUAAUAUUUGAGUCUGGCCAGUCGAUAUUCGCGGUAGCAUGUUUUAGUUUCGAUUGUUGACUUCUAACGAACUGAAGUUCUGUCUGUGUUUAUCGCAGUAGUUUGUGGUGACUGUUAUCCGAACAUACUGGUAAGCGUGCGUUUGUGUCAAUCUCUGGAAGGUUUCUGUGUUCCUAUCUUUUCUUUAGCGCCUGUAAUUUUUCGUUGUACGUUCAGCAACACCACUCGUUUCAUCCUUGUGCUUGCAUUAGGUUCUGUGGUCAUAUAUUAGCUGUUGGGAUGGCA